UUAGAAGAAUGAGCCCUGUGUUCCCUAGUGCAGAGAGGAAUUAAGGAACAGACUUAAACGAACUAACUCAGGAGGCUGUAGCUAGUCCCAACAACAAAUGAAGACUGAUUUUCCUUAAUCUUAUUUUUGCAGCAUCUUAUGCUAUGCAUCAUCCUGACGGAGAAAGGAAGGGGGCAGAGGCAGAGAAUCAGCCAACGGCAACGAAGGAGGAGGAACAGCAACCCAUACCACCCCCUGAUGGAGGAUGGGGAUGGAUGAUAGUGCUUCACUUCUUUCUGGUAAAUGUGCUUGUGAUGGGAAUGCUGAAAACCUUUGGAAUUUUCUUUGUGGUCUUUCAAGAAGAGGUGGGAGGCUCUUCAGAACAAAUCAGUUGGAUCGGCUCCAUCAUGUCCUCUCUCCGCUUCUCAGCAGGUCCACUGGUCACUAUAGCCUGUGGGAAGCUGGGGGACCAGCUGACUUCCAUCAUUGGGGCAGGCCUAGUUAGCAGUGGUUGUCUGAUCAGCACACAGGCCACUAGUAUCUCCUUCCUGUGUGUGUCUAUGGGACUUCUAUUGGGGCUGGGCUUUGCUUGCUUGUAUCAAGCAGCUGCUGUGAUGACUGCCAGGUACUUUAAAAAGCGACUGGCUCUAUCCAAUGCAGUUGCUCGCUCAGGAAUGGGACUUACAUUUAUACUAGCACCUUUCACUCAACUUCUGAUAGAUUUUUAUGGUUGGCAAGGUACCCUACUGAUCUUUGGAGGGAUCAUGUUAAACCUUGUGCCUUCUAGUAUGUUACUGCGACCUCUUAACAUCAAGAAUCUCCAAGCCUUUUCGGGUAGAAAUGUAGACAGUGGAUCAUUAACACAAAGUAAACAUCCAGCAACUCUUACAAGCCACCUAGAUGAAAUCAGUACCACAGAAAUACAGUUUAAUACUAGACUGGAUUCUCCUAUGCAAGAUUCCACUGUCACAAACAGGCUCCAGUCAGCUGGAACAUUAGGAUCACUAGUUCCAGUGAACUCUGCUGGUUUGGAAGGGUCUGAGAGAGAAACCUCCAACUGCUAUGCUCCUGCUGGAGACAGUGACAGGGACUGCAGCUAUAACAACCUUCCACUGCAAAAGGAAUGGAAUUUCCACUCACGGCCAGUUCCCUGCAGGCAGCCUCUUCUUGAUUUCUCACUGCUGAAAGAUCCCUUCUUCUGUAUUUUUGCCUGGUCAUUUUUGUUCAGCCAACUGGCCUACUUCAUUCCCACCUUUCACCUGGCAGCAAGAGCCAAAACCUUGGGCAUAGACAGCAUGGAUGCCUCUUACCUCAUUUCAGUGGCUGGGAUUAUAGAGACAGUCAGCCAAUUGCUUUCUGGCUGGAUCGCUGAUCAGAACUGGAUCAAGAAGUAUCAUUACCAUAAGACUUACCUUAUUCUGUGUGGCAUCACUAACCUGCUGGGUCCUCUUGCCACAUCCUUCCCAUUACUUAUGGUCUACACAGUAAGCUUUGCCAUUUUCUGUGGAGGAUACCUGGCUCUGCUGCUCCCUGUGCUGGUAGAUUUUGUAGGUGUCCCCAGACUCCACAGUUCUUUAGGAUUUGCCUCAUUCUUUGCUGGGAUAGCAGCCAUCGCUGGACCUCCUAUAGCAGGUUGGCUGUAUGACUACACUCGGACAUAUGCCUGCUCCUUUUUCUUUGCUGGAACCUGUUAUCUCAUCGCACCCAUUUCCUUCUUCUUUGAGCCUUCGGCCCAUAAAUGGAAGCUACGGAAAGAAGAGGAGUUGAACAAAGUGACCACUUAGCGGAGAGGCUCUGCUGCAGUUGAAAGAAAAGAAGAAGCCUGACUUCAGUAUAUGAUCAGAAGGUGAUAAUUAGGACAGACUUUUCACUAAUUAAUAAAAGAUGGCAG